CGGAGCGGAGGGUUGCAAUAUGGCUGCGCCCAUGAGCGGCGAGACUCAGGUGUGUGCUGUGCCUUUUUAAAGUCUCGCAUGCACAUGGAUCGGAGGGAGUUUUUGGCCUCCUUAACGGCUGGAGGACUCGCUGGAAUGUGUGUUGACCUGAUACUGUUCCCUUUGGAUACUGUCAAAACUAGGCUGCAAAGUCCCCAAGGAUUUAAGAAGGCUGGAGGCUUCCGUGGCAUUUAUGCUGGUGUUCCUUCAACAGCUGUAGGAUCUUUUCCAAAUGCUGCUGCCUUUUUUGUCACAUACGAGUAUAUGAAAGCCACACUUCGUACAGAUGCAUCUCCAUAUUUAACUCCAGUAACGCACAUGCUGGCCGCCUCAUUUGGAGAAGUAGUUGCUUGUUUGAUACGGGUUCCAUCUGAAGUUGUGAAACAAAGAGCACAGGUUUCUCCCUCUUCCAGUACCCUACGGAUCUUUUCCAGCACUGUUCGUGAAGAGGGUGUUCUUGGACUUUAUCGAGGUUAUAAAAGUACGGUAUUAAGAGAGAUUCCUUUCUCUCUGGUACAGUUUCCUCUUUGGGAGUCCUUAAAGGUAAGUCUCUCUUAUUUACAAAUUAUAAGGGUUGAUUGCUGGCAGAGUACCUCAUGUGCAGGUGGAUUCGCAGCUGCAGUCACCACCCCUCUGGAUGUAGCCAAGACGAGAAUUAUGCUGGCAAAGACUGGCUCUAGGAAUGCAACUGGGAAUGUGCUACCGGCUCUGUGUGGAGUGUGGAGGACGCAAGGGAUACCUGGGCUGUUUGCAGGCGUUGUCCCUCGGAUGUCGGCCAUCAGUCUUGGAGGCUUUAUCUUCCUUGGGACGUAUGACAAGAUGCGCUAUUUGCUCUUGUGAGCUGGCCCUGAGGCUGAAGCCGAACCACUGAGGAGCUGUAUAUUUUUCCCUCCCUAAGAAAACACACAUUCAUGAAGAUCCUCUUUUGCUUUCCCACCGUUUCCCCCACCCUUCCCGUGCUGGCCUCCUGUGGCUCAGCAGCUGUUCAACAGCCUGGACUCUAUUCUCACUAUUUACAAAAAGAAAGAAAAGAAACCCUUAAUUCCAUUUCCCCUAAUAUAAAAUUUCCCUGUAUGGAAACCCCUGUGCUAGCAGUGAGCUCAUUGGGACGAGUGUGCCAAGAAAGGUAAUAUUUGGGGGCAAACAGUCCCAAUUUAUGGGAUCCAGCUUUGUGCCUGAAAGGCAUUAUUAUUAGAACUCAUUGAGGGAGGAGGAUGUAGAAGCAAGAAGGAUGCAGCGGGAGCAGCGUGGCUGCGCCGAGAAGAAUUUCCCUUUUAUUUGGUGACAACUCGAUAGUGGCGCUCAGGAAGACUGUAUACAACUGCCGGCCUGCUCUGCUCCAAAAGAACAAAAACAAAAGCCAGACAGAAGAUAUGGUCGCUCUUCCUCUCUCUCGAACUAAGAAAAGGGGGAAAGGCCGUUCGUUUCUUGUCUAAAUCCUGUUUGGAAAGUUUAAACCACUGUUCCUACCUGCAGGUGCAUAGCAAGCAUUUUUGCUUGGAUAAGCAAGACUGCCUUUUUUAAUUAGACUCAGAUUUCUCCAGUAAAAGUACAAUGUUGUAUUAUUUUACUGUCUAACAAUGUUGCCUAUGAAAAAGAA